UUGACGAAACCGUGCGUGUGCUAACGUUUUGUAGCGGCAACACUUUUGCCAACAGUCAACAGUUGUGUACAUCGGGUGGUAGCUAGUUUCGCGAAGCAGCAAACGGUUACAAUGUACCUCGUGUUACGGUAUUGAAUAUUGUAACUUAAAAUGUCUGGAACCGUCGCGUUACCUUUCGCUUACGGGGCGGUUAUGGAAUUCAGCCCAACAAGGAAUGGCGACAAGGAAAACGAUGUUGCUGUUUUGCGCCUGGUCCUGUUUUCGAAGGCUCCUUUUGUAUCUUUUGGGACAGUGAAGAUCGGCACCUCUAAAUCGACCAUUCUGCGCAUUGAAAAUCCAACCGAGGAGUCAGAGGCCGUGGUGACUGUUGACAGGAUUCCAUCAAGCAAAGGCUUUUCUGUGAACAGCAACACGUUCACAAUUCAGCCCCAGGGUUCAUUUAGCCUGACGCUUACCUGGACUCCAACAGAAGAGGGUGGACUCAGAGAGCUGAUUAUCUUCAAUGCCAAUGGGGUCCUCAAGCACCAGGCUGUUUUACUGGGGAGAGCGGAAGUACCCCAACAGAGAAAGAAGAGCUUAUGGGAUGCUAUCAAAAACAAGAGGCGAUAUGAAAAAGGAUCUCCCUACAGGGGAAAAAGGACAGCGCCCCAGACUAAGAUGGCUGCCAAUAAAACAGAACACAUGUCCAGGAAGCCACAGUACAAACGGGAUAAACGCCGCAGUCCUCUUUCUUCACUCAAUGAUGAAAUAACAGGCAGAGAUAAGUCUCUUGGGGAGCACAGUCCCCUUGAUGGUCACCCUUUGAAAUCUGAACAGCAAAACGCUUUAAAUCCCGUUCGAAAACAAUGGCCUUUGGUGGACCAGGAGAAUGUGCUCCAUGUUAAGAGCCACUCUUCUCUUGAGGUAGCCACAAAGGAGACAGAGAUGAGAGGUAGUUCAGGUUCCUUGGUGGGGAAGCUUGAAAACAAAGAGCUCACUAAAAUGCUUAAUAAGACAUUGUCACCUAUUGGGACACCAGAGAGGUUAAAAAAGUUAAUGCCUCAUGUUCAGCCACGUUCAGAAUACACAUCUCCUGUGACCUCUAAGACUGUGUCCAGAGGACCAGUGGUGUCUUUGACUGAUGCACUUGCACUCAUUAACUCUGACAUCGGCCUUAUCAACAGCAGCCCUAAAGACACCAGUUCUAGUUGCGGCUUUUCUGAUUCCCUGGAAUUUAAAAGUGAUGAUCAUGACUAUUUCAAAGCACGCCCUGAUAGCCCAGAACUGUCUGAGCCCACCGAUGCCAGACUUACUUUCUUUGUCAGCAAAAAGGUUGAUGUGCCCAGGGCUGAAACGAUAAUAGAAAGAUCUAAAAAAAUGCCUUUUAACUGUGCCACGGUGAUAAAAAAUAAAGCACCAGUGACAAAUUGUGAAAGUGGACGGAAAAUAAAGAAGUCAAGGCGGCGACUCAUGGAGAAAACGCUGGAGUUGUCAGAGGGCAGCAGCCAGGGUGAGUCUGGACCAGGCACCCCCCACAUCCCUGUAAGAGAACCAGAUACAAGGACAGAGGGGUCCGAGAGAGCUGGUUCAAUAUGUCUCGACAGCAAAACAGUCCAAGAAUUUAAUGAUAGACCAACACAAAGACGUGAUGAUGCUCAAAUGCCCAUCAAUUCACGUGUAAGCUCUCCUCUACCCAAAACUCACUGGAGUGUCACCCUCUCAGUCGCUUCCCCACCUGCCACUAUCCCUCCCAUGACAUUCACAAUGUCCUCCCCAUUACCCAUGGACCAGUCUUCUCCACUUCACUGCAGCAACACAUCAAACCAUCACCUACCUAAACCAUAUCAGGAAACCGAUAUUCUUCCUCAGCUCGUCUCAGCCAAUCUGUCCACCCAGGAGGAUUUAUUUCCUGUUCACAUGGUGACAAAGAGCAGAAAGAGGAAGAGUGAAGAGUAUUUGAGAAGUGCCAUGAAGAUCGACGAUGGUGGAAAAAUCGAGCCAGUCAAAAAGACCAAAACAGUGGCUUGGAAAAGGGAGCCCAUCAAAUCAACACAGGAGAGAAGUAUGUCAAAGAGGCAGUCGCUCCAAUCAAAAGGUUCGAUGCACCCAAUGAAAACAUCUGUAAAGACCAUAAAGUCAUCAGUCUCUGCUCAGAAAAAGCCAACAAGUGCCAAACUCCCCCUACGAGGCGCUGUCUCGCUGAGGUCAUCCAGAGCACAGAGUGUCAAGUCUGUGAAGAUGGCUGCUGUAGCAAAGUCAAAGUUGGUCUUUGUCAAACCGACUCAGACAGCCAUACCCAGGCAUCCACUUCCUUUUGCUGCCAAGAACAUGUUCUAUGAUGAGAGAUGGCUUGAGAAGCAGGAGAGGGGUUUCACAUGGUGGCUCAACUAUGUCCUGACCCCAGAUGAUUUUAAAGUCAACACAGAAAUGACCAAAGUGAGUGCUUCACCUCUGACAAUGGGCAGCAGUGAUAAAUUCAGUGUUCUCCAAGCUCCCACCAAAGAAGAGAUGUCUUUCAGUACUUACACAGCCCGGCGAAAGUUAAACCACCUUCGCCGGGCUGCCUGUCAGCUCUUCACCUCAGAGACUAUGGUCAAGGCCAUUAAGAGGUUGGAAAAUGAAGUGGAAGCAAAGAGGCUUCUCAUCCGCAAAGACCGCCAUCUUUGGAAAGAUAUAGGUGAACGUCAAAAAGUCCUCAACUGGCUUCUUUCCUACAAUCCACUGUGGUUACGGAUUGGGCUUGAGACAAUCUUUGGAGAGCUGAUCUCACUGGAAAGCAACAGUGACGCAAUGGGUCUGGCUUUGUUCAUCCUCCACCGUCUUCUAUGGAAUCCUGAUAUCGCAGCAGAGUUCAGACAUCCUAAAGUUCCUCAUCUUUACAAAGAUGGCCACGAGGAGGCGCUGUCUAGCUUCACUCUAAAGAAGCUGCUUUUGCUGGUGUGUUUCUUGGACAAGGCCAAAGAAUCUCACCUGAUUGAGCAUGAUCCAUGUCUGUUCUGUGUUGAUGCAGAGUUCAAGACAAGUAAAGACUUGUUGCUGGCCUUCUCAAGAGACUUCUUAAGCGGGGAGGGGAUUCUUCCUCGCCAUCUUGGCUACCUUGGGUUACCAGUCUCCCACUGUCAAAAUGCCCUUGACGAAUUCAACUUUGCUGUGAUAAAUUUGGCAGUUGACUUGAAAUGUGGAAUUCGACUAGUGAGAGUCAUGGAGCUCCUCAUAAAGCAGUGGAACUUGUCAGAAAAGUUGCGACUGCCAGCCAUCAGCCGUCUGCAAAAAAUUCACAACAUGGAUAUUGUUUUGCAAGUCCUCAAAAUCAGACUGGUCGACCUUAAGGAUGAAUAUGGCGCCAUCAUAGAUUCUCGAGACAUUGUGGAUGGACACAGAGAGAAGACGUUGAGCCUCCUGUGGAAAAUAAUAUUUUCAUUUCAGGUGGAGGUGAUUUUGAAUGAGGAUCAUUUGAGGGAAGAGAUUGUCUUCCUCAGGAGAACCCUGAGGUCAAAACUGAGGUUGGCCUCUGUGAGGGCCGAUCACGGCCUUGAGUCCAGUGCACUAAAGACGAAGGUGCCGUAUGAGCACUGCAGCACUAAAGUUGUCCUGCUGAUGGAGUGGGCCCGCGCUGUGUGUGACUUCUACAAUCUGACGCUGGAGAACUUCACUGUGACAUUCUCAGAUGGCCGUGUCCUCUGCUACCUAAUCCACCACUACCAUCCCAGUCUCAUCUCAGAAGAGUCUGUGCAUCACAGCACCACCCAAACUGUAGAUUGCUCAUCAAGGGGUCGCCUGGAGCUCAACUGCGGAGCUAUUGACUCUGACAGCUCUUUUGAAUACUCUCCCUCGUGCCUAAACGGCCCCGAGUCUCCCUCUGCAGAGUUUAAAGAGCUACUGGAAAAUGAAAAAAGCAACUUCAGGCUGGUUAAUACUGCGGUGGCUUUCCUGGGUGGUGUACCUGCCAUGAUCAAUCCAGCCGACAUGUCCAACACCAUUCCAGAUGAGAAGGUUGUAAUGUCUUACCUAUCUUUCCUGUGCGCUCGUCUGUUGGACCUACGUAAUGAAACCAGAGCAGCUCGGAUCAUCCAAGGUGUCUGGAGGAAUUACAGACUAAAGAAAGACUUGCAACUCUACAAGGAGAGAAACAAGGCUGCUGUGAAAAUCCAGAUGGUUGUGAAGCAUUUUCUCCAGCGAUGCAGGGGCAAGAAGCAAUAUGCAGCGUCCAUCAUCAUACAAUCUGUUUGGAGAGGCUUUGUUACUCGCAAAAGACUGCGGAUGAAAAAAGAGGCAGAGCUCCAGAUCAUACAGAAUCGAGCAGCAACCGUCAUCCAGGCACAGUGGAGAAUGUUUUCAGCCAUGAGAUAUUUCCAACAACUCAGAUACAACACCAUUGUUGUCCAAGCACAGUGGCGAAUGAAAAGGGCUGCUUCUGCUUAUGGGAAAAUCUACUGGGCGACAACUGUCAUGCAGAGAUAUUUUCGAGCUUGGAUUCUUGCGAGAAAAGUACACAAGCGUUAUCUCUGCCUCAAAGCUGCAGUGACGAAAAUGCAGAGAGGGUACAGAUUGUGGAAAAUCCAGAAAACUCAAAGGGAAAACCAUUCUGCCAGAAUAUUACAAACCACAUAUAGGAAAUGGUACACGGAGAAAAUAGCCAAAAGGACAGCUGCAUCGAUUAAGAUUCAGUCUUUCUAUAGAAUGCAGAGAUGCUUGCAUGAAUACAGAAAGAUCCGAAGAAGCACCUUGCUCAUUCAAGCGCACUACAGAGGUCAUGAACAAAGGCGUCGCUUUCGAAGGCACAAGCAACAACACAACUCGGCCACUGUCAUUCAAAGUGCCUUCCGGGGGCACCGGGUCAGGAAGCGGGCCAUGAGAAUGAAAUACGCCUCAAUCGUAAUCCAGAGGUGGUACAGAGCCUCUGCGAGAAGAGACGUGGAAAGGCAAAUAUUUGUCAAAAUGUGCAGUGCUGCCAGAACCAUUCAGGUGGCUUACCGAAGAAAACAAACUCGUGACUUGCUGAAAAAACAGCACACUGCAGCAAUUGUGAUUCAGGCUGCAUUCAGGAAAUUCGCUACCCAAAAGCGCUACCUUUCCCUAAAAAAAGCAACGGUUACGAUACAGCAAAAGUAUCGAGCCACAGUUUUAGCUCGUCAGGAAAAGGCAGACUUUGAAACCCUCAGAAAGGCUGUACUCACUGUACAAGCAUACUGGAGAGGCAGAGCUGACAGGAUGAUGAUUGAAAAUUUCCAUCAGUGUGCUACACUUAUCCGGGCCCACUACUGUCGAUACAAGGCUCAAGUGGCGUUUCGGUCAAAAAAGUCAGCAUCUGUUGUCAUUCAGCGCCAAUAUAGGGCUUAUGUAGCUGGCAAGAAAGCAAGGAAAGCAUUCCUCCAGAAGAGAGCAGCCUGUGUUGUGAUAGAAGCUGGAUUUAGAGGCAUGAAAGUUAGGAAAGAUGUGAAGAAAAAGCACAAUGCUGCAACUGUCAUUCAGUCUACAGUUAGGAUGUAUUUGAGUAGAAAAAAAUACAUCAUCCUUCAAAGUGCAAUCAUCAUCAUCCAGAGCCGUUAUAGAGCCCUACUCCACUGCAGAACACAGCAACACAAGUACAAAGAGCAAAAGAAAGCAGCCUUAAAAAUACAAGCAGUUUACAGAGACUGGAGAGGAAGAGAAGAGUUUAAGACGAGGAACAACGCAGCAACAGUAAUCCAGGCUUUGUUCAGAAUGCACAGAGUACGUUUGGCUUACCUUGCUACUAAGUGUGCUGCAAUCAUUAUUCAAGAGCGAUACAGGGCCAAAAUCCUCAUGGAGCAACAGCUGAAGAAGUACAAAACCAAGAAAUCUGCUGCUAUCAUCAUCCAGGCCGCAUACCGUGGCUACUGUGCCAGGAUGAAGAUUACACAGAUGCACUGUGCGGCUAUUGUCAUUCAAAGAAAUUUUCUCAUGAUCCAUGGGAGGAAUAAAUUCCUCACUAUUAAGUCAGCAACUUUGAUUUUUCAGCAGCGGUACAGAGCAGUGGUCUUGAUGAGAAAAGUCCAGAUGCAUUAUCUCUUAAAGCGCAGGGCAGCCAUUUGCCUGCAAGCGGCCUUCAGAGGAUACAGGGUCCGAAAGCAGUUGAGCAUCAAGCAUAAUUCUGCCGUUAAGAUUCAGUCAAAUCUGCGGAUGUAUCUGCAGAGAAACUACUACAAAAGGCUUAAAUGGGCUUCCUCUUUUGUCCAAGCGCGUUACAAAGCCAACAAAGAAAGGAGACAGGACAGUCUGGCUCUGAGUGCGAAGACACAUGCAGCCAUUGUCUUACAAGCUGCUUUCCGGGGAAUGAUAUCUAGAAAACGAGUUAAACAAAAGCAUCAGGUUGCCAUUAUUAUUCAGAGAGCUUUCAGAGCCCACUAUGAACACAAAAGGUUUAUUGCCUUCAAAUCCUCAGUGCUUGCCAUACAACGUAGAUAUCGCGCCAAUGUGGCAGCCAAAGCUCAAAUGCAGCAUUACCAAAACAUUCAUAAGUCUGCAGUCAUCAUUCAGGCAGCAUACAGAGGGUUGCGGGUCAGGAAGGAUGUUGCUUGUUGGCAUCAGGCUGCCACUUUGAUCCAGUCUACUUUCAGAAAGCACAGAGAAGAAGUCAAAUUCCAGGAAAUCACUUUGUCGGCAAUAAUCAUCCAGAGAUAUUACCGGGCCUAUGUCCUUCAGAAACAAUAUAAGAGAUACUACCUGAAAGUCAGAUCCUCAGCCACCAUUCUUCAGGCAGCUUUCAGAGGUCGCUCUGUUAGACAAAGGAUUUCCAAGAUGCACAGAGCAGCAACAAUCAUACAAGCAAACUUCAAGAGGCAUAAGCAGCAAUUCCUCUUCAGGAAACAACUUUGGGCUGUCCGUGUCUUACAGCGGCGAUUUAGAGCUAUCAGACAGAGAAACCUUGAGGUAAAACGCUAUCAAGAAGUUAAGAUUGCUCUGAUUCGGCUACAAGCUACAUUCCGGGGAAUGAAAACAAGACGAUCCAUCAAACGAAUGUAUCUGGCUGCAACUGUAAUCCAGUCUGCUUUCCGAAGUCACAGAGAGAAAGUCCAAUUCCAGACCAUGCGUUCGUCAGCCAUCAUCAUCCAGAGAUGCUACAGAGCCUAUGUUCUUCAGAAAAAAGAGAGGGACUACUUCCUGAAAGUCAGAUCUUCAGUCAUUUCUCUGCAGGCAGUUUGCAGGGGUUGUUUGGAGAGAAGAAGAAUUUCCAAGAUGCACAGAGCAGCUACACUCAUUCAAGCAAACUUCAAGAGGCAUAAGCAGCAAUUCCUCUUCAGGAAACAACUUUGGGCUGUCCGUGUCUUACAGCGGCGAUUUAGAGCUAUCAGACAGAGAAACCUUGAGGUAAAACGCUAUCAAGAAGUUAAGAUUGCUCUGAUUCGGCUACAAGCUACAUUCCGGGGAAUGAAAACAAGACGAUCCAUCAAACGAAUGUAUCUGGCUGCAACUGUAAUCCAGUCUGCUUUCCGAAGUCACAGAGAGAGAGUCCAAUUCCAGACCAUGCGUUCGUCAGCCAUCAUCAUCCAGAGAUGCUACAGAGCCGAUGUUCUUCAGAAAAAAGAGAGGGACUACUUCCUGAAAGUCAGAUCUUCAGUCAUUUCUCUGCAGGCAGUUUGCAGGGGUUGUUUGGAGAGAAGAAGAAUUUCCAAGAUGCACAGAGCAGCUACACUCAUUCAAGCAAACUUCAAGAGGCAUAAGCAGCAAUUCCUCUUCAGGAAACAACUUUGGGCUGUCCGUGUCUUACAGCGGCGAUUUAGAGCUAUCAGACAGAGAAACCUUGAGGUAAAACGCUAUCAAGAAGUUAAGAUUGCUCUGAUUCGGCUACAAGCUACAUUCCGGGGAAUGAAAACAAGACGAUCCAUCAAACGAAUGUAUCUGGCUGCAACUGUAAUCCAGUCUGCUUUCCGAAGUCACAGAGAGAGAGUCCAAUUCCAGACCAUGCGUUCAUCAGCCAUCAUCAUCCAGAGAUGCUACAGAGCCUAUGUUCUUAAGAAAAAAGAGAGGGACUACUUCCUGAAAGUCAGAUCUUCAGUCAUUUCUCUGCAGGCAGUUUGCAGGGGUUGUUUGGAGAGAAGAAGAAUUUCCAAGAUGCACAGAGCAGCUACACUCAUUCAAGCAAACUUCAAAAGGCAUAAGCAACAAUUGAUUUUCAGAAAACAACUGUGGGCUGUCUGUGUCUUACAGCAGAAAUUUAGAGCUCUGAGACAGAGAAACUUUGAGGUAAAACAUUAUCAAGAAAUCAGGACUGCUGUGAUUAGUCUACAAGCUGCCUUCCGGGGAAUGAAAUCCAGAAAAUCCAUCAGACAAAUGUAUCUGGCUGCCACUAUUAUUCAAGCAGCUUUCCGAGUCCAUUGUCAGUUCAAGCAGUAUAUGAAAAUAAAAUCCUCUGUGCUAACCAUUCAGCAAAGGUUUCGCGCUACUGCAGCAGCCAAAGUUCAAAGGAAACAGUACUUGAAAGCACGCAGCGCAGCCAUCAUCUUUCAGGCGGCAUACAGAGGCCAGAAAACCCGAAAGCACAUUGCUCAUUUACAUCAGGCUGCAACUGUAAUCCAGUCAGCAUACAAAAAGCAUGUUGAGGUAGUAAAGUUUCAGAUUAUGUAUGAGUCUGUUGCGAUCAUUCAAAAGCACUACCGGGCCUUUAUUCAUCAAAGGCAGGAAAGAAACAAGUUCCUGAAAAUCAAACAGGCCACAGUCAUUCUUCAGGCUGCAUAUCGAGGUCACUGUGUCAGAAGGGACAUAAGUACACAAAGUCGCGCUGCCAGUUUGAUCCAGUCAUACUGGAGAUGCUCAGUACAGAGGCGCAUCUUCCUAAAGAGGAGAGUGGCGGCUGUGAAUUUGCAACAGAGGGUCCGAGCAAUGCAGCUUGGCAAAGUACAAAGAAAAAAGUAUGCCCGACAAAGGCGGGCUGCAAUCACGCUUCAGACUCAUUGCAGAGCCUGGAUUGUACAAAAGCAGGAACUUGAGGCUGCCAAAGCACAGAUAAGACUUCGUUUUGCUGGGGCAGUCUACCACCACCUCAGUGCUAUAAAGAUCCAAAGAGCUUGGCGAGCACACUGGACCUUGGAGUCUGCUAAGAGACAGAUACAUUCUGUCAUCAUUAUACAAAAUUUUGUGCGAGUGAGGCUGCAAAGGAGACGGUACUUGGCGGACCGAAGGAAGGUUGUUACAGCCCAGAGAGCAGUCAGGCGUUGGUUAGCUCGUCGCCACAAUUCUGCUUCUGUCAUCCAACAUGCUGCUCGGAAUUUCCUCCUCCUCAGGCGCCAGAAGAGAGUUGAACAGGGCAUUGUCAAAGCUCAGGCGCUGUGGAGAGGACAUGUCUCCCGCCGACUGAAUGACAGUGCCAAAGUAACAAAGUUGAGGCACCACUUGCGGAAAGUCUCAGCUGGCGCCCGAGAGGAGGACAAAUUGCGCAACAAAACCUCAUCUGCCCUGGACUGCAUCCUUCGAUACAAACACUUCUCCUCCAUGCUGGAGGCUCUAAAAAACCUAGAAGCUGCCACCAGGUUGUCCCCUGUGUGCUGUGAGCAUAUGGUAGAGAGCGGCGCCACCAGCGUCAUCUUCACCCUUAUCCUCUCCUGCAACAGGAGUGUGCCCUGCAUGGAUGUCAUCAUCUACUCCAUCCAGAUCCUUCUCAACCUCUCGAAGUACCACAAAACCAUUGAGGCUGUAUAUUUGGUGGAAAACUCAGUGGAGACACUGGUAGACUUGCUCCAGAGAUACAGAGAAAAAGCAGGUGAUAAAGUAGCAGACAAAGGUGGCAGCAUCUUCACCAAAGCCUGCUUUCUACUGGUUCUGCUCCUGCAAGAAAAAUGCCAUGCUGAGGAGGUUACGAAGCAUCCUAAAGUCUUGAAUAGGAUAAAAAGUAUCUACCACCUCACUGUUCGAAAAUACAAGAUGGAUGCAGAAAGAAAUGUGGCCAGACAGAAGAUUAAUGCAUCAAUCAAUGGAAGCUUCUAUGUUUCAGCAACACCAAAUAAAUCCCGUCCCGUGCCAAAGUUUGCACCAGACUGGGUUCUCAGAAAGGACAAGCUUAAAAAUAUCGUGGAUCCUCUUAAGGCCAUUCAGAUGUUGAUGAACACUCUCUCUAUUGUCAUGUAGAUAAACUGUCGCAUCUCUCGCAGGAUAUUUUGUGUGUGUUUUUCAGAAUGUCUUUUAUGUAAAGGUUUUUACAAAUACAUUUUCAUGACCACAUUAAAUAGAUUUCUGU